UAAGUUGUUGUGUCAUUGAAACAUCAUGGAGGAGCACACAGCAUGUCCAGUACAGCACAGCUACUCGGUGUGAGUUUGAUAAACAGUCAAACGAAACAAAUAGUCGUGUUAAUUGUUAGUUAGUAACAUAAUAGUGUCAAGUAUGUUGAUGUCUGUCGCUAGUUCGUGUGUGAGAAACGGUAGAAAAGUCUCGGUCCCUGUAGCUAAGUUUUCCUUCUGCUCAACGGUUGAAAAGUCACCCAGAAGCCUAAAUCUGACAGGGCAUCAAAAUCCUUUACAACACCGGGUACUCAGUCUCCGCACACCGGCCCCCUCGCAGCUGCCAUACGGAAAAACUUCCAGAUCUGUGUUCCUAUCAGCCGCUUGUUAUGGAGGUACGGACACUCGUGUUGACGCAUUGGCCACAGCCGAGAUAGACCCACCAGACGUGGGGAACUUCGGCUCCUUGUCCUCUGACAUGUCCUCCAGGAGGUCGUUCAGGAAAAGCAACCCAGAAAUCCGGGAUCAGCGGCACCAAGAGGAUGAGGAGGACGAGGAGGACCCAGGGAGAUCUCACAGGAGGCCUUGGAGGAGAAACACACCCUACUGGUACUUUUUACAGUGCAAGAAGCUGAUCAAAGACAACAAGCUGCAGGAGGCUCUGGAUAUGUUCAGCAGAGAAAUGCUGCAGGGAGAGAGGCUGCAGCCAGAGGAGUUCAACUACUCUAUCCUGAUUGGUGGCUGUGGUCGGGCAGGACAGCUCAAGAGGGCCUUCAAACUCUACAAUGAUCUGAAGAAGCGAGGUCUAGAAGCCACAGAUGCUACCUACACUGCGCUAUUCAACGCCUGUGCCGAGUCUCCAUCCAAACAAGCCGGCCUCCAGCAUGCGCUGAAGUUGGAGCAAGAACUCCGUCGCAAAAACUAUCCUCUCAGCACCAUCACAUACCACGCCCUGCUCAAGACGCACGCCAUCUCCAACCACCUCCAAGCCUGCAUUCACACACUCAGGGAGAUGCUGCAGAACGGUCAUGUGGUGACUCAGGAGACGUUUCACUACCUGCUGAUGGGCUGUUUAAAAGACAAAGAAACAGGAUUCAGACUUGCUUUACAGGUCUGGCGGCAGAUGCUGAGGUCAGGAAUUCAUCCAGACUCUAAGAACUAUAACCUGCUCUUAAGAACUGCAAGGGAUUGUGGGAUCGGUGAUCCUGCCCUUGCAACUCGCAUGCUGCUGAGCCCUGACAGUAAGUCCAACACGAGGCAUGUAAAGUCCAAUCGUGGACACAAGGAUCUGAUAGACAUUGAUCUUCUGGAGAGGCAAUUGUUUAUCCAGGCGGAUCCACUCAGCGACCGUCAACAGGGCGGCAGAGACAGCGAGGAGGAAGACAUGUCCUACAGCGGCAAAGACUCUACCCAGCUGGUCCCAGUCAGGCAAACUGUCUGUCUGCCUGUUGACUCAGCCGCUGGUUUGUCUUCAGCUCCCAACCUACUGGACGUUUUUGAAGGUCAGAAGGGCGGCAUGGUCUCCCUCAGCACUGUGGACGGACCAUCAGAUCGGCUCGCCGUAAUCGGAGGAGCUGAAGGUUUCCUGGAGAAGAUGAAGGCUAACAGACUCAGUCCAGAUCUCAAAACUCUGACCCUGCUGGCUGACACGAUGGAGCCGAGCUACAAGUCUCUGCAGAUGCUGCUGAAGGUCGCCAAACAGCACAAAGUGAAGCUGGACGUGGCUUUCUUUAACACUAUGAUUCGCAAAGCAGCCAGAGCUGGUGACCUGGAGGGGGCAAAGGGCGUGUUGAGUGUGAUGCGACAGCGCCAUGUAAACGUGGACGUGCAGACAUUUGGAAGCCUCGCGUUGGGCUGUGAGCGAGAGAAGGAUGCCCUGCAGCUGUUUAAAGACAUGGAGGAGGUGGGACUCAAGCCAAAUGUCCAGGUGUUCUCCGCUCUUAUUGGUCGAGCAACUCGGAGACUGGAUUACAGCUACCUUAAGACAAUCCUCUCAAGUAUGAGCAGGAUGGAAGUGUGGCCUAAUGAGGUCAUCAUCAGACAGCUGGAGUUUGCCUCACAGUAUCCACCAAACUAUAACCAGUACACGUCCAGAAACAACUACUUGAUCCAAAUUGAUAGUUUCCGAGGUUACUACCAACACUGGUUGAGAUACACGCCUGCUCAGAGCCCUGAGGACGAGCAGACAUCCCUGCAGACCGCAACAGACGCUGCAGUGCUGAAAACAGAGGCUGCAGACGGACUGACAGAGAACCAAAGAAGCCGCAGAGCAGCAGCAAGAAGGGUUAACACUCGUAAGGACAAGAUGAGCAGCACUCCCGAAUAAGUCUCCCAGUCCUCUCCUCCUCACUCUGCUGGUCUGCUUAAAUCCAGCUGUGAUGACCCAAGAGGGACUCUUCAGUUUAUGAAAUAUCUUUGCGGCUCCCUUGAGAUAUUUGUAGAAUUAUGGAUGUUAAUGUUAUUUAUACUGAAGUUAAAUAAAGCUCAAGUUUCAGUACAUGA